CUGGUAAGAGCCAUGCAAUUCUCUCCGGGUUGUUUGGUGUUGGUGUUCUCCCUUUUCCAUAGUGCACCUAGAGCUCCGGCCACUGUGGUUGAGGACUUCAACCAUGUAGAACGAUGCAAGGAUUCCUUAUACAUGGGAACCCCACCACGGGGAAUCAUUGAUGCCAAACUGAAGAAGAUCUGUCAGCGCUAUGCAGACAAGCCACGCUUCGUGACCCUGUACGACCCUCAGAAACGAAUCCCCGUCUACUCAGCCUACUCCUUCAAGAAGACAGAGGGAGACCGGCGCGUGGACUACCCCUGGAUGUAUGAGCCACAGCUGGCAGAGGUUGAUGGCAAUGGAAACAUGCUACCCUUCCCUACCGGCUACCUGCACAUGAAGUUUGAGGACAGCCAGGCAGUGCUGGAUGACUACUCUGACGUGGUACUGUAUGAACGUGGCCACCUGAACCCAGACCAGCACCAGUCUGACCCUCAUGACCGUGCCUCCACUUACACCCUGACCAACGUGGUGCCAGAGAUCAGAGAGUUCAACAUUGGGCCGUGGCGUGAGCAUGAGGAGCGCAUCCGUGUCCGCCUCAACAACUACUGCCGUGGCACCGCCUUCAUCGUCACAGGGGUGACCACUACAGGUCACAUGAUUCGCCGGAACAACCAGGACCGCGUGGCCAUCCCUGAGGACGUGUGGACUGCCUACUGCUGCACUGACUAUGACCGCAACGCCCCCCACGAUGUCCGCAUCCGCUUCCCCUCCCAGGCUGCCCUGGCCAAGAACGCCAAGGAGGGCAACACAGUCCACGAGAUAACUGUCCAGGACUUGGAGAACUUCCUGAAGACCCGGAUGGACGUGGACCAGAACCUGCAGCUCUUCUAUGACAACUGCAUCUCCCCCUCUCCCCUCCCUCUGUACCUCCACCACACCAUCUAAAAGCUCCCCAGCAGCUACCAUACACACCUACUCUGUGUACUCUGUGUAUCUUAAAUGUGUAUGCUCAGUGCGCUAGUAGUUUUUAUAAUGAUUAAAUAUGAUGUACACUGGCAGUUUGUUAAAAGUUUUGUACUUGUAACAGAACAUUCAUAGCAUUUUGUCAUGCUUUGGAUAUGCUUUUAUUAUCUAAGAUCUGCUUUGCAAAUUACUUCUGUUGUAGCGUAGGGUAAUUGUCCCUUCAAAUUACUUAUGUUGUAACGUAAGCUAAUUGUCCCUCCAAAUUAAUUCUGUUGUAGCGUAGGCUAAUUGUCCUUCCAAUUGACUUCUGUUGUCGCGCUGGCUAAUUGUCCCUCUAUUUUCUGUAUUUGUAGCACUCUUUUUAACUGCAAUUGGCUUUGCCUUUAUCUGUCCCCUUAUAAAACAGCUCAGUGGCAUUCAAAUACAAUGGUUUAGUGUGUCAACCAUUCUUGGAGAGGUGUUAUCUGCUCAUAGUUGGAAAGUGGUUGUAAAAUGGACUAUACCAUCAAAGGCUGUAAAGAGUGUAUCUUCUUUGAAUAAAACAAAUGAGUUCUCUGACAGGUGUCAUGUUUUACUG